AUGAGCAAGUACGGCACGCUGGUCAUGGGCCCCGCCGGCGCCGGCAAAUCCACCUUUUGCGCCUCCCUCAUCCAGCAUCUGCAGAACAACAAGCGCCCGUGCUUCUACGUGAACCUCGACCCCGCCGCCGAAGACUUCGCCUUCGAGCCAGACCUCGACAUCAAGGACCUCAUCAGCCUCGAGGAUGUCAUGGAGGAGAUGAGCCUGGGGCCCAACGGCGGCCUCAUCUACUGCUUCGAGUUUCUCAUGGAGAACCUCGACUUCCUGACGGAUCCGCUCGAGGAGGUCACCGACGAGUACUUGAUCGUCUUCGACAUGCCUGGCCAGAUCGAGCUGUACACACACGUGCCCAUUCUGCCAGAUCUCGUCAAAACACUGAUGCGCGGCUCGCUGAACAUCAACAUGUGCGCCGCGUACCUGCUCGAGGCAACCUUCAUCGUCGACCGCCCCAAGUUCUUCUCUGGCACACUCUCUGCCAUGAGUGCCAUGUUGAUGCUGGAGAUGCCCCACAUCAAUAUCUUGAGCAAGAUGGACCUGGUCAAGGGCCAGGUGGCGAAACGGGAGCUGAAACGCUUCCUCGACCCUGACCCAGGGCUUCUAGAAGAUGACCCUACGCGCAAGGUGAAGGGAGAGGAGCAAGAAGAGACGAAAGGCUACCAAGACCCAGGCGAGACCAAGAGCGUGAUGAGCGGGGCCUCGUUUGACAGGCUAAACAAGGCUGUAGCCCAGCUGAUCGACGACUUCAGCAUGGUCUCAUUCCUGAAACUAGAUGCGCAAGACGAAGACAGCCUUGGUGCCGUCCUUAGCUACAUCGACGACGCGAUUCAAUAUCAUGAAGCCCAGGAGCCCAAAGAGCCUAAAGACGAGUUUCUCGAGGCGUCCAUGGACGGCUGA